AAGGUGUAUAUCAAGAGACACCAUAUCCAGAUAAAGCUCGAAAGCUUCAAUUGGCUGCGCAGAUUGGCGCCACUGACGUUCAAGUUAACGAAUGGUUUCAACGAAGAAGAAAGAAAGAUCCUUCAAUGAUUUCGAACAGGGCAAUGGCUAAUAGUAAUGCAGCGACAAACACUGCAUUGAAUUCUCAUACUGCAGUUCCACCCACCUCCACUAUCAUCACUAUACCUGCGAAUCUACCCACGACUAGUCCUAGUACCUCAGUGUCUCAAGGACAUGCAAAUACGGGAACAAUUACUUCUCCAUACUUUUCAUCAUAUACUAGUCACGUAAAUCCACCUAUUCCAAAUCAUGAGGUUUAUGUAUAUAUUGGUGACAAUCAAGCGGGUUAUGGUCUCCCUACUACAACCCAGACCGUUGAAAAUAUUUCUGAAAAACAGGAAGAACCUCCAAAGACAAAAUUAGAGACUGAUAAUUCAAGAGAAUUGGUUGAAACUAUUAUGCCAUACUUGAAAGAUGAUUUUGGUCUGAUCUCUUCUGAAGUAGUUCAUGACUUCCUUCAUAAAGUCAAAGAUACUCCCCUAAGUGAACGCAGAUUAAUUCUACAUAUUAUUGAUCAAACAAAAGAUUCUGAUACACUUAAAAGCUUAGUGUCUGAAAGAGCUCAUUACUUAUUAAGGAACUGGAUAAUUGAUGAGGCAAAAACUCCUGAUAGUGAAUUAUUGCUCAAAUUACUUCAAACGGUGAAUCACCUUCCGAUCGAUAUUGAGGCCUUGUCAGCAAGUGGGCUUGGCAAGGUGAUAAAUAAUAAAAGUGUAAAAGAUUCACAAAUAGAUGGCGUCUCUGCACUCGCUUCUUUGCUCAUAAGCAAAUGGAAAGAAGAAAAAAAACAGCACGAUGCUAAACUUAUACAAGAAGCUAAACAACAAGCUUCAUUAUCUAAUUUCGCUUCUAGUUCAAGUAAGGCAGGAAUGCGAUCUAGUUCAACACCGUCGAAAACAUCACAAACUAAUCCAUCAACAUCCAAAGUAUCGAAAGGAAAGGAGGUAUCAACUCGUAUUAAAUUAUUAACCGAGCCAAAAACGAAGGAAAUCGAUCCUAAAUUGCAAGCGAGGCCUGAUACAAAUACUUUCGAUGAAAUUCUUGGUUUAAAUGCUAUAAAACCCGUGAAACAAGUAAGUAAAGUAGUCAAAAAAGAGCAGCAAAAACCGACGGCGGUUGUCAAAGUUUCUACUGAAAAGCAGGAUUCUUUAACUAUGACGGGAACUUCGAAAAAUUCGUCAGAAGUAAUAGAAGAUAAUAGUUCAUCAAUAGUAAAAAGAGAACAAGAGAAUGGACAGUCAUCGACCAUAAAAGAGGCUAAAAAGGAUGUUAAAGAGGUUAAAGUUACUACAUCUAAAAAAAGGAAGCGUGUGACUUUUGCACCUGAUAAUAUGCUUACUCAGGUUAAACUAUUUGAAGAAGAAUAUGAUGAAGCGGAAGGUGAAUUGUCAGUAGCUAAUACACCACAUCAAUUUGGAAAUGCGCGAGAUCUUGAUAGAAAUGAAGGAUUGGCAGCUUUCAAGAGAGUACGGAAGGCGCCAGCAAUUCAGUGGUACACUACUCCCAUGUUGGAUUUGACCAGCAAAAAAAUAAUAAAACCCGCCAAGGUGGAAAGUGAAGAAGCAAAAAUACAAGAGGAACGAGAACGAGAGAUUUUUGAAACAAUAUAUAUUACAUCGGAUCAGGUUCCAUUUUCACCAUCAGAACCUGAGGAAAAUAUACAGCAAACCCGAAAUAAUAUAUCAACAUGUCAUGAAAUAAUCUUAAAUGCUGAAUCCGAUGAUGAGGAUAUCGAUGAAGAUAUUGGAGACAAUGAUUCAGAAAGUCGUCCUUAUAUUUCUGAAGAGUUAUUUACACAAUUAUUAGAUAUAUAUGCAAAAUGGCAAGCUAUGCAACUGAACCAAUCCGUUUUUUCAUCAAAUACGGUCGGAAUAGAAUCUAAAAAUGUAGUAAAUAAUUUAACUGGAAUGCCGCCAAUUCCUUCACAACUUCCUACAACCCAACAACAACCGCCUACAUGGAAUUUUGAUAUAAAUCAACCUAAUUCAAUAAUAAAUUACCAUCAACCACCACCAUCAGGGAUUCAACCAUCUGCUAACGUUGCUUCGCAGCAACCCACAUUUCCACAACAAUACCCUCCAACGAACAAUAUGCCAAAUCAACCACCAACAUAUCAGUAUUCAAAUUUGUUCAUCCCCCCAGCCAAUCAAAAUAAAGAAUUUUAUCCACCACAUAAAGAAUCUGGGUUACCACCACCUCAACCUUCAUAUAACAAUGAUUCACAAAAUCGUCCAUACACUGAAUCAGGGUUUGGACGACAAUCACAACAGCCUCAAGCAUCUACGGGGGUGGACGUCCAAGAGGUGGGGGUCAGACUGAAUCAGGAAGACCAACGAGUGGGAGAGGAUCAGAAUGUUGGUACUUUAAGUCAGGAAGAU